AUGAUGCUAGCUACCGAUGCUGUCUCUGCUUCUUCCUUCGACAGACGACAUCAACAACAUCGUUUUGAUAUCUUUGAUAAAAAUACAAAUAAUACGAUGGAUUAUUUCCUAACCAAUACUGAUGAUAUCAGUGAUUGUGAUGCUCAUUCAGACAAGUCAAAUUCAAAUAAUCAUGUUAAAAAUCAUACACAAAAAUUAAUACACGGAGAAACUACUGGAAGAAGUAGCAGACGAAAACAAUUAGCUCCUCGUUCUCGAUUAGUACGUCAAUGUGAAGAAUGCGAUUUUUCAUCAUCAACAAUUAACGAAUUUAAAACUCAUAUGAAGUUCGAACACGGACAAGAUCAAGUAUUUUUAUGUGAGAUCUGUCGAUAUUAUUCAUUAUCACCAUAUGAUUAUCAAUUACAUUUGAAUUCUCAUCAAACAAAUCAUCAAUCAUCAUCAUCAUCAUCAACAAAAUUAAAUGUAUCUUCAGGUGAACAACAAAUUGAAUCGGAAGGUGAAAUAGAAGAUGAAGAUUCAAUAAAUAUUUAUUCAAAAGAACAAAAUCCAAUUUUAUACGAACAUGAUGAACAAAUUUCAGAUGAUGAACAGAAUCCUUCAACUAGUACAAAUAAGAAACUUAAUCUAUCAGUUACUUCAUCACAUUCGAAUACAACACAUCAGACACCAUCAAUUCCUGAUCGAAAACGCCCAUAUAACGUCUCUGUUGAUCCAGCAAGAUAUCGUCGUGUACCUGAUCCUGAUGAUGCAAGUGCAGUAAAAUUUGCUUGUUCAUUAUGUGGUAAUUUAUACAAAUGGAGAAAAAGUUUAAAUAAACAUUGGAAAGAAAAACAUAACGACGAAAGUCCACCACCACUUGACGCACCCGUUACAAUACGUCCACCUAAAUCAUCCUCAUCUGCUACAACAAUUCAAUCAAAAAUAACGAAUCGAACAAGUGAUAUGUUACCACAUACAUCUCUUAAUCUUCCUGCACCUCCACCACACCAUCCUGCAUUUCCAUUUAAUCCAUAUUCAUGGUUAAAUUUUGCUUCACGAAACGAUUUACAACAAAUAUUUCCUUCAACAGCAACACUACAACCGCCACCACCACCACCACCAUCACAACAACAACAACCAAUAAUUGAUCAAUCAUUAAAUACACCAUUAGAUUUAACAAUAAAAUCACAUAAGAAAAUAUCAUCUCCAAUAUCUAAUGAACAAAAUCCGCCAACAAAAAAACUUCAUCGUGAUAGUAAUAGUAGUAAUGAUGAACAACGUGAUAGUUCAAAUUAUAAUCAAAAUGAUAGUGACGAUGAAAUUCAUUCUGAACAUGCAUCAUCAUCAAGUCCACCAAAUCCAUAUGGACAAAAAAUUUUUAUCUGUUCAAUAUGUGAUCAACGUUUUCUUGCUGUUGAAAGUAUCAAUGAACAUUUUCUUAAAAAUCAUUUAGUUGAAUUAGAAAAUGAAAUAGCAGGAAAAUCUCCACCACGUAAUACAAAUGUUGCACAACAAAAUGAAGAAUGGAAUUUAAGUGAUCCUGUUAAUCCAUUAAAAUGUAUACAAUGUGAUUUUGUUGGUCGUUGGCCAACGGAACUUCAAAAACAUGCAGCAUCACAUUCAACAUCAAGACCAUUUAAAUGUCUUGUUUGUUCAUUAACAUAUAAAUGGCGUUGGGAUUUAGCUAAACACUGGGAUCGUGCACAUGCAUGUGGUGGUAAAGGAGCUAAUUUAAUAAAUCCAUAUAAAAAACGUGAUAGAGAUCAAGCUCGUUCAAUGAUGGAUUUAACUCCAACAACAACAAAAACAAGUGAUCAUCAUUCAACAUGUUCAUCAAUAUCAUCAACAUCAACAAUUAAAAAAAAUUCUAUUAGAAAUUUAGAUGAUGAUGAUGAACGAAGUCAAAAUUCAAUGGAUUCAGACGAUGAUGAACAACACCACCAACAAAUUAAACGUAUAAAACAAGAUGAUGAAAAACUUCUAUCAAAUAUAUCAUUACCAAGUUUUCUACCACCACCACAAUUACCAACAACAAAUAUGUUUUUUCCUCCACCAUCAUUUUUUCCUCAUCAUCCAAUGUUUUCAUCAUUUAUUAAUCCAUCAUUAUUACUUCAACCAAAAUUUAAUUAUUCACCACGUCCAUCACAAAUGUCAAUUAAUACAAAUUUAGAUUUAUUUAAACAAGCAUCAGCUUUUAUGCAACGAACAAAAUCACCAAAUUCUUCAAGAUCAUCAUCACCACGUACAUCAUCACCUUUACAACAACAACAGCAACAACAACAACAUAGAAUACAUGCAGUUGCUGCAAUGGUUGCAGCUGCAAAUGGUAAUAGUAAUCAUCUUAGAAAUCAACAACAGCAGCAGCAGCAGCAACAGCAGCAGCAGCAGCAACAACAACAACAACAACAGCAACAACAACAAAGAAAAUUUGAAAAAGAAGAAAGAAAUUUUCAAUGUCGAUGGUGUGAUUAUCGUGGAAGAUGGAGAAGUGAACUCAUUCAACAUAUGAGAUGUCAUCAUGCUAGAGAUAAACCAUAUCAUUGUUCGGCUUGCCCAUAUGCUUCAAGUUGGAAAUGGGAUGUUCAAAAACAUGUUAAAAAACAACAUGCACAUGAUACAGCAAAAAUUGUUGAAUUACCUGAUAAAUAUUUAUUUCAAACAACUCUUAAAGCAAAAUAUGAAGGUACUGAUGAUCGAGCAUUAGCACCAGCACCAUUAACUGAUGAAGAUUAUAGUUUUUUUGGUAAUGAUGUUCAACAGAAAUUAUCUUCAAUGAAAUAUACACGUGAUCGAACAUUAGCUUGUCAACAAUGUCCAUUUGCUGCUAAUUCAAUGGCUGAAUUACGACGACAUUUAAUUGUUCAUUCAGCUGAAAGUCCUUAUCAUUGUUUUAAUUGUGAUUAUAAAUCGAAAUGGAAAUGUGAUGUUAAAAAACAUAUGCGUUUAUGUAAUCAUCAUGGACCCGUUCUAGUUGGACGUAAAGCUAUGGCUAAAGUUAUGGAGAGUCUUGGUUUAGUUAUUGGAAAUAAUGAUGUGAAUAAGACAGUAUCAGCGGAUAAACAAAAUGCAGCUGCAUUUGCUGCUGCAGCUAUGCAAAUGUCAACAUUUUUUGCUCAACAACAACAACAACAACAGCAACAACAACAAAAAUCUAAUGAAAUGGAAGAAGAUGAAGAAGAAAUCGUUGAAGAAGAUGAUGAUGAUGAUGAAAAUCAUAGUUUAAUUAUUGUUGAUGAAAAUCAACAACAAGAUGAAACUAAUGAUAAACAAAAACGUAUAUCAACAAAUUCUCGUACACAAAAUAAUCAUUUACGUUGUCGUCAAUGUGAUUAUGAAGCUGAAGAUCUAUCAGAUUUACUUGUUCAUCGUAAAGCACAUGCAGCAUCUAUGAAAUAUAAUACAAAUUUUGAUCAAGAAUUUCAACAACAACCAACUGUAUCAAAUAAUAGUGAUAUUGAAAAUGAUGAUGACGAACAAGAAGAAGAAAAAACACGAGAUAUACAAUUCGAUGAACAAAUGUUUGACUAUGAAUUACAUUGGUUAGAAAAUAAUCCAUUACUUAAACAAUUAACAACAAUUCAACAAAAAAAUCGAGCAAUUAUUUAUAAAUGUUCAAAAUGUAAUUAUACAAUAAAUAAUGAUCGUCAAUAUUUUCUUAAUCAUCUCGAUCGUCACCAUCCUGAAAUGUUACAAAAUCACACAUGGUCAUCAUAA